AUGGGAGCCCUUAUUGCUAAGAUGUUGCUGCCUACCAUCAGCAGUUUGGUUUUUCUGCCUGCAGCCAGUGUUGCCACAAAGAGAGGCUUCCACAUGGAGGCCAUGGUCUACUUCUUUACAAUGUUCUUCACAUCGAUCUAUCAUGCAUGUGAUGGACCAGGCCUGUCUGUUCUGUGCUUCAUGAAAUAUGAGAUUUUGGAGUACUUCAGUGUUUAUGGUACAUCAAUCUCUAUAUGGGUUACAUUAUUAGCUCUAGGAGAUUUUGAAGAGCCUAAGCGCUCCACGCUCACCAUGUUUGGAGUGCUUACGUCUGCUGUGAGGAUAUACCAGGACCGCUGGGGCUACGGCAUCUACUCCGGCCCCAUCGGCACAGCUGUGCUCAUGAUCACAGUAAAAUGGUUACAAAAAAUGAAAGAAAAGAAGGGCCUCUACCCAGACAAAACUGUAUACACUCAACAAGUUGGACCAGGAUGCUGCUUUGGAGCCCUGGCUUUGAUGCUUCGCUUCUAUUUUGAGGAGUGGGACUAUGCGUAUGUGCACAGUUUUUACCACCUGUCAUUGGCUGUAUCCUUCGUACUUCUGCUGCCGAAGAAGAACCGCUAUGCAGGGACGGGGCGCAAUGCAGCUAAACUCAACUGCUACACACUCUGCUGCUGUGUAUGA